AUGUACUCCUUCCACGAAUUGUCAGUGAACGCUGCAAAAAAUGUGGAGGACCAGAUUGACAACCGUCUGCAAGCUCUGGAAAAUCUUGAUGCCGACGAUAUAGAGAAACUGCGGCAAAGAAGGUUACAUCAAAUGAAACUGGCAGCGGCGCAGAAACAGGAAUGGUCUAAGAGGGGGCACGGGGAGUACAGGGAGAUCUUCGGCGAGAAAGAGUUUUUUUCAGAGAUGAAGGGUGAAGAGAGGAUGGUGUGCCAUUUCUUCAGGGAGAAUUGGCCAUGCAAGGUGAUGGACAAGCACUUGCAGCUGCUGGCACAGCGCCAUCUAGAGACGAAAUUUGUCAAGAUCCAUGCAGAGAAGAGCCCAUUCCUGGUGGAGAAGCUGAAGGUGUGGAUGCUGCCAACGCUGGCGCUGAUCAAGCGCGAGAAGACUGUGGACUAUGUGGUGGGCUUUGGUGACCUGGGCGGCAAGGAUGACUUCUCCACAGAGAUGCUGGCUGCGCGUCUGGCUGCGCAUGGUCUCAUCAACGAGCCAGACAGCAGCUACGGCCACCGGGCAGCAGCCGGCCCCAAAAGGAAUCUCAGGCAUGGGGGGGGCCAGCGAGGGGGGGACUCAGAUGAAGACUCUGACUUUGACUGA